CCACUGGAACAUCAUCGAUUACUAAUGAAAUUGUAACAAAGAUCGAUGCAAUAUUGGAAAAGUUGACAGAAGAAAAUACUGAGACUGUUUCAUUUUCAUCAAUUAAUCUGGAGAAAUUUAAUAGACUCCUCAUGCGUACUGGAUUGGACAUAAUUCCUUUAACUUUUACUAAAAAACGUUCGUCAAAGGAUAUAGUUGCUUACCAAUGGUCUAACCAUGCUGAAAUUUUCUCAGAACAGCGGGAUCAAAUUCUAGGAUAUCUCAAUAAACAUCUCAACCCACACCUUCCUGAAAAUAUCGUGGUUUUUGAUGUUUCCGGCUUGAGAGACUUUCUUAAUAUAAUUGAUAAUCCGCUGUUGCCAUUCAACGUUCGAGGUGGGACUGAUCUCAUAUUGGUUGAGGAGAGUGCUGUCCGGGGAAAAAUUCCCAUAGCCGGUGUUCAUGCAGUUAUUGAGCUAAAGAAAGAUGUGAAAACUCAUCAUGUUCCGCAGGUUAUUUGCGAAAUGAUUUCAGCAGAUCUUCAUGUACAUGACGGGAUUAAAGUCUUCGGAGUUUUAACAGAUCUGAAUGAAACCUGGAACAUUUAUUGGAUAGAAGGGAAACAUAUUAAGACUCUUGCAUUAAACAACCGGGAAAAUGCGAUGAGGUUAAUUGGAAAAAUGGCAUCCGAAAAUUCCAGUAAAGUGGACGUACGUGGUUUUCCAAAAAUACAACGUACGAAGUUUAAAUACAUGUAUGGUUCACCUAGUGAUGAUAUAGAAGAAAUGGAUGUUCCAUGUGAUGAGGAGGAUGAG